AUGCCUAGACCUAUACUAAGGUUAUUUAAACAAUUUAAUAUAUCCUCCCCCGCCUCGUCUUACUUCUCCGCCGAGAUCGACGACUUCGUCGAUCGCGCCCUCGCCUCGCCCGCCACCCUACCUACUGCCCCCGCCGCCCUAGUCGCGCCUGCCGCCGCUCCGCGCCACCCGCUGCCCGGCUUCUCGGCCGUUAACUUUACUGCCCGCGCCGCCGCCGCCCCCGCUACGCUCUCCGCUACCGGCCGCCGCGAUAACGCCGACGAUAACGACGAUAAUAAUAAGCGCGGGUCCUCGCCGCCCUCCUCCCAUAAGCGCGCCAUAGCCCGGGGCGCCACCCGCGAUUCCCCCUACGUGCGCGCCGCGGAGCCGGGCAAGGACCAGAAUAAGGCUAAGCGCGCCUUGACCGCCGCCGCCGCCGCCUACCGUAACUUACGGUUCCUCGAGCGCGCCGCCCUCGUGCCUAAGGGCACCGUCGACGCCGCCCUGGCCGCCCCCGCCACCUCUGCCGCCGCCGCCUCUACCACUACCGGCACCGCCGCCGCCGCCGCCGCCGUCCCUAACGCCGCCGCCGUCGCCGCUUGGCUAGGUGGCCUAGAGGGCCGGAUCCGCGCCCUCGAGGCCGGGGCCGCGCCUCACACUAAGGAGGAGGACGAGGAGGAGGACGAGGAUAACCGUCUAGUGGUCGAGACCCCGCCGAAGAAGAAGGCCCGCCGGGCCUAG